AUGGGGCCAAGCGCACAGAAUGCUCUGCACGCUGCCGUUUUCCAGCUUUCAGAAAUGGUUCACCUGCUACUGGAAUGGAGGCCAGCUCUGGCCGACCCAGUCGACUGCAGCGGCAGCAGCCCGCUCCAUUUCGCGUCGUCGGACGGCGAUCGCAGCAUCGUGCGUGCAAUCCUGCGCGCCGGGCCGCCGGGAACGGUGUACAAGAAGGACUCGAGCGGCCUGUCGGCUCUCCACGUCGCGGCGCGGAUGGGACACCACCGCGUCGUGACGAACAUGCUAGGGAGCUGCCCCGACGCCGCCGAGCUCCGUGACGCCAAUGGCGGGACCUUCGUCCACGCCGCGGCCCGGGAGAAGCGCUCCUCGGUGGUGUCGCUCGCCACCAAGGAUCCCAUGCUGCGCGGCCUCCUGGACGCGCAGGAUAGGGACGGGAACACGCCUCUCCACCUUUCGGUGGCAGCGGGAUCGACCGGCAUCGUGGAGGAUCUGCUACACAACGGCAAGCGUUUGAUCUCGCCGCCAGAUCAACCACCAUCCAGUUUCUUCAAAAUGGUAAGCCUGGUGGUCGCGCUAGUCGCUUAUGGGGCACAGCUCCGGCCGCAGAGGCAGGACCAACUGGAGCAGUGGGUUGGCCGCGACAUGGUGCGGAAGGGGAUACAGAACACGUCGGACAACCUCGCGGUGGUGGCCGGCCUCAUCGUCGCCGCCGCGUUCGCCGCCGGGUUCAACUUGCCCGGUGGGUACGGCGACGACGGCAAGGCAAACCUCAAGGACGAGACUGUCUUCAAGAGCUUCCUGCUCUUGAACACCGGGGCCGUGGUAACGUCCAUCGUGGUGGUGAUUCUGCUCGUCUAUGGGAAGGCGUCGCGCUCUGCCGGCUCGUGGAAGAGCUUCGCGGCGGCGCUGCAGCUCUUGUGGGUGUCGCUCGUCUGCAUGAUGCUGGCCUUCCAGGCGGCUCUGCUCUCCGUGGCGACCACGGGGACACUCAGUUACGGGUUGCUGGGUGUAUACACAUACACGUGCAUCCUUGUCUUGCAAGUAUGCAUCGCGGAGCGGCUGGGGCCUAGGACGAGGUUGCGCACGAUUUGGAGGUUUCACUGGAAAGGAAGAAGGCAUGUCGACGUCAAACGACAGUAUCCGUUCGCCAAAGCUACCGUACUCAAAUUACAACUUUUUACAGCUACAAGUUUCCUAGUUUCUAUAGGUUUUCAAGUCAUCUUUUUUUAA